AUGUCGCUCUUCCUAAGACAUUUUGACUCCAUAGACCAGGAAGGCAUUAACAGUGAGGCUGCUCCUUCAGAGAAGUGUGGUGUGAUGCUCAAAUUCACACCAGUGAACCUAAUGCAAGAGGCCCACCAGGAUGCCGGUGCUUUUCUUAUUCCCUAUAUCCUCUUCUUAAUCAUUGCUGGAAUGCCCCUGUUCUAUAUGGAAUUAGCACUGGGACAGUAUAACCGAGAAGGGGCUGCCACUGUGUGGAAAAUCUGUCCAGUUUUCAAAGGUGUAGGCUAUGCAGUGAUACUCAUAGCUCUUUACGUGGGUUUCUACUACAACGUUAUCAUAGCUUGGUCUCUGUAUUAUCUAUUUUCAUCAUUCACAUUUGAGCUCCCCUGGACAAACUGCGACAACAGUUGGAACAGCCCAAACUGUACAGAUCCCAAACUCUUCAAUGCAUCAGUGCUUGGCAAUGGUACCAAAUAUUCAAAGUACAAGCUCACUCCUGCGGCUGAAUUUUACGAGCGAGGAGUUCUGCACCUGCAUGAAAGCCGUGGAAUCCAUGACCUUGGCUUGCCUCGCUGGCAACUUUCCCUCUGCCUCUUGGUGGUGGUAAUCAUUCUUUUCUUUAGUCUGUGGAAAGGCGUGAAGACUUCAGGAAAGGUUGUUUGGAUAACAGCCACUUUGCCUUAUGUUGUAUUAUUUGUCUUGUUAAUACAUGGAAUAACCCUCCCUGGUGCAUACAAUGGAAUAAAUGCCUACCUGCACAUAGACUUCAGAAGAUUAAAAGAAGCCACAGUAUGGAUUGAUGCAGCUACUCAGAUAUUUUAUUCCUUAGGAGCCGGGUUUGGCGUUUUAAUUGCAUUUGCCAGUUACAAUAAGUUUGACAACAACUGUUACAGGGAUGCUUUGCUGACCAGUACCAUUAACUGUGUCACAAGCUUCAUCUCAGGAUUCGCAAUUUUCUCCAUACUGGGCUACAUGGCUCAUGAGCACAAAGUUAAAAUUGAGGAUGUAGCCACUGAAGGAGCUGGUUUAGUUUUUAUCCUGUAUCCAGAGGCAAUUUCAACUCUUUCAGGAUCUACAUUUUGGGCUGUGGUAUUCUUCAUCAUGCUCCUUACUCUUGGCAUCGACAGUUCUAUGGGUGGAAUGGAGGCUGUCAUCACUGGCCUGGCAGAUGAUUUCCAAAUUCUGAAGCAGCACAGAAAGCUCUUCACCUUUGGUGUUUCUUUUGGCACUUUCCUACUUGCCCUUUUUUGCAUCACCAAUGGUGGAAUUUAUGUGCUCACACUUCUGGACACAUUUGCAGCUGGGACUUCAAUAUUGUUUGCUGUUCUAAUGGAGGCAAUAGGAGUUUCCUGGUUUUACGGUGUGGACAGAUUCAGUGAAGAUAUCCAACAAAUGAUGGGCUUCAAGCCAGGCCUCUACUGGAGACUGUGCUGGAAAUUUGUUAGCCCUGCUUUUUUACUGUUUGUCGUGAUAGUCAGCAUAAUAAAUUUCAAACCUCUGACCUACGAUGACUACACCUUCCCUCUCUGGGCAAAUCGCAUUGGCUGGGGAAUAGCAUUAUCUUCAAUGAUACUGGUGCCUGCCUAUAUUAUCUAUAAAUUUAUGAAUGUGCGUGGGACCUUUAAAGAAAGACUAGCUUACUGCAUCACACCUGAAAAUGAGCACCAACUCGUGGCCCAGGGAAAUGUCAGGCAAUUUAAGCUUCAACACUGGCUAACAAUAUGACAACCAACAGGUUGAAGAAAAAGCCAAUAUGUUAAGCUAAACUGGGAAUACAGAAAAGUUCAAAGCUCCCUCGAUUACGCUUGGACCAGGCUGGCUCAGAGCUUAUCUACUGACUCUUUGAGGGAAGACAUCUGCUCUCUGUUCUCAAUGCCUCCCUUCUAUUACUUGGCUUCAAACAAUCUUUAAAGACUCCGUUUAAUUUUUCUUAUAUGCUUUGGUGCCAUGAGAUCCCUACAUGACCAAAACUUGUGAGUUUUGCUAUUGGCAGAAGUGGAGGAGGGGG